CAAAGAAAACAAGACAGCAUGUCUGGUCGUAAGCUAGGGAAGAUUGCGGUGCAAUCCAGCGCCUUCUUUUUGUGUGACAUGCAAGAAGGAUUUCGUAAAACAAUAAGCUAUUAUCCUGCAGUUAUUGAAGUGGCUAGGAGGGUGCUUGCUGCCAGUGAACAUUUGAAUAUGCCUGUUGUUGUGACUGAGCAAUACCCAAAAGGUCUUGGUCCAACUGUAAGUGAACUGAAUGUGAAGCACCAUAAAGUAUUCCCAAAGACUAAAUUUACAAUGGCCAUACCAGAGGUGGAGGAACACCUUAGCAAAUACCCAGAUAUAAAAUCCAUAUUACUGUGUGGUAUAGAGGGUCAUGUCUGUAUCCAGCUAACUGCACUGGACCUGUUAGAAAGGGGAUAUGAUGUUCACGUCAUAGUGGAUGGUAUAUCAUCUAGGAGCAUGGUGGACAGAAUGUUUGCUUUACAGCGGAUGAAGGAAGCUGGUGCCUUCCUUACCACAAGUGAGAGUGCCCUGCUGUCCCUGGUAGCAGAUGCUAAGCACCCACAGUUUAAAGGCGUCCAAAAAGUCAUCUGGGACUCUGCCCCUGACAGUGGACUUCUAGGACCUGGUACACCAGUCUAAUACACUUACAGGACCUUGGGCAGGCUCUAGCAGGGAUGAUUUCUUAACAAUAGACAGGGGUCAUCUUGUCUGGACCUUUCUGAAGGGUCAGAUUGUUUUGCCAUCAUACAUUAAUUAAUACACCAUACAUUGCAAUUAAUAUUAUACUGUCAUGUAUCAGUGAAUAAUUGAAGAAUAAAAAUUAUUUUAAUUGCGUAAGUUUUAAAUGUGUAUGGAUGUAUGCAAAAUAUUUUUUGGGAGGUGGUAACUAAAUACAGUGAAAAUUGUCAGGUCAUGGUUGCUUAUUUCAAAUUAUAAAAGUGGUAAAAAUUGCACUCUAUUUAUGUCAAUAAAACAGUACUGCACAGGUUUUGUUUCAAGAGUAAGGUUAUGUAGGGAGUACAGCAGAGAAACUGCACACAAAGGGUGAAAUAUUGGUGCCAAUGAAACUGCCUUAGGCAAGUUUAUUCAUAGUUGCUAUAUGAGAGGAGUGGAAUAAAUUAUUUGCUCGAUUCAAUAAUUGGUUGGUGUUGGUGGCAAGAGCGGGAGUCACCCCAUGUUGCUUGAGCAGUAACACCUUGACAACCGAGUGGCGUGAUAAAUUGUUAAAGGGAUAAUAACUUAUUCGUUUUGGCCAAAAAUGAAUUUUCCAGGAGUAAACAACAAAUUUCCCAUACUUACCAAUGGUUAAUGAAUCCA